AUGCUCACGACCGGAAUGAAGCUCAAGUCCAAGCUGACUUUCAUCGAUGUGGAGGAGGAGGAGGGGCCGAGUCUCAGGCGUUGCACGAGCACGCCGGCAAUGCCGACCCAUCCUCACUGCGUGGCUCAGUGCGAGGACGACUACCUGGCAGGGCUCCUUGCGGAGGCGAAGCUCUCACUCCCACUCCCCAUCCCGCACAGGGCUCUGACGGAAAACAUGAGUGACAUCGCCUUUACCCCCACACCGGCACCGCAAAGCAUUCAAGUGGCUGAUGGCCAAGACUCGGAUGUAGCCGGGAGCCUGGGGCAUCCCUAUUUCUGUUGUCGGCCUUGUCUCUUGCUGGCUUUGGGCCAGUGCCGAAAUGGAAUGGCUUGCAAGUACUGCCAUCAUGCCCACGACGAGAAGCAGCAGUCAUUUUCGAAGCGUGUUCGUGAGAAGAUCAACCAAAUGAAUGGCUCUGCGAAGUUGUGGUUGCUUCGCGAAAGCUUGUGCCAGAAGGUGCGGAAGUUUCCGGAGCUAGCCUCGCAAGUCACGGGGCUUAUGGACAUCAUCGAGGAAGGGCUGCGUCACGAAGCCCCAGAGUCGUCAGAAUCCACAGGCUCACGACUUCACGAGAAGGUUGCUGUCAUGUCUGUGGCAGCCAUGCUGGGUGACACGUUUAUUCGGAACGUUGAGCCGGACAUUCGACGUCGCCUACAGGAAGAGCUCCGACUCCUCCGCAGCGAAGCCUUCGUUGAAGCCUGA